CUCCGACUCUUCACGCAUACUCGUCCUGGAGGGCAAACGCUGCGAACGACAACCGUUGCGACUUUGCUAGGAAAUGCAUAUUUUUAUACAUAAAACCUUGAGAUAAUUUUAGGCAUUCCUAAACACAGUGAAGAGUGCACAUCUAUUAAUGGGAUCCUCUCGUAUGUAUUUUUCUGUAUCGCUUCAGUGCGUGAGCUUUUCAUUGUAGCCAGAGCGAGGAUCUCGCUCCUUUUGUCUGUGCGCUGUUGUUUAUUCAUUUCUGUAGAACUUCUGCCUCCCACUACCCUACAACAAGCGCUAUCAUUUCUGUUUUCCCGGUUCGCUUCAAACGGAAUGCAUGACAAAGUCAAAGGAGGUUGAUGUCCACAACAGCCCGGCUCACCUCUCCUUCGCCUCGCCUAAGGAACGGAGACUCCAUCUCCGGCAGAAGAUGGAAAGCGGAGGCGGGAGAGAGAGCUCGGACAGUGGGCAAGCGCAGCACGCGGAGCUGCCCGCUAUAGUCUUAGCUCAGGGAGGAAAGAAGAAAAUCAAUCGCGCUCCGUCACCUGCCAGACCCAAGGAUGUACCCGGGUGGUCCCUCACGAAGAUCCGAGGUGGGAUCGGCGCCCCCAGUUUGAGUGUGAAACCGGGUGCAAUCCACCUGGGGAGCCGCACCUCCAGGCGCAGCCCCAUAGGAGGUCUGAGCGCUAAAGACACCAAAGCCGAUAAAAGUGGUGUGAAAUCGGUGGGCAAGUCGUGCGCUUCCUCAGUCAACGCGUCGUCCAAAACCCCGGCCGCCAAGAUGUCUAAAAGUAGCAGCGGUGCACGGAGGAGGGUAUCGGACGCCAGCAUUGGAUCGGACGACUUAUCCAAGGAUUCCGGCUGCGCCACUGGGAAGCUUUCCCCCACAGACAGCAGCUCCGAAUUGUCGGACUGCGCCUCCGAAGAACAAAAGCUCUCAUCAGACGCUCCCAGCAGUGACACUGAGUCGAGGAGCAGCCGAGGCGGAGGGGAGAACCUGCUCGGGAAUGGAACAUCACAACAACUCGCUGCUGCUAAAAUCUUCACUGAGAAGGGCGAUAAGCACCGAUUGUCCAUUGGUGUUGAGGCCGGAGAGGAGAGCGCAUCGCCGGCUGAGGAGCGCUCGGUCACCUCGGUGGACAGCCGAAUUCCGGCCAGCACAUCUCUUGCUUUCUCUGACCUCACUGAGGAGUUUGUGGACAGUAUGCAUGAGGAAUUUGUGAGGGAAAUUGAGGAGCUGAGAUCUGAGAAUGAUUACCUCAAAGAUGAGAUGGAAGAGUUAAGAUCCGAAAUGCUGGAGAUGAGGGACAUGUACAUGGAGGAUGACGUCUACCAGCUGCAGGAAUUGCGGCAACAGCUGGAGCAGGCGAACAAGACCUGCCGCAUUUUGCAGUAUCGGUUGAGAAAGUCAGAGCGGCGCUCCAUCCGAGUGGCGCAAACGGGGCAGGUUGAUGGUGAACUCAUACGAACGCUGGAGCAAGAUGUCAAAGUGGCGAAGGAUGUGUCCAUCCGUCUCCACAGUCAGUUGGACAGUGGGGAAAAGAAGAGGGCCCGUCUGGAGGAGGAGAAUGAGGAACUUAGAGUCCGACUUCAGGAUCUGGAGGUCGCCAAACAGGUCCUGCAACAGGAAAUUGACAAGAACUCCCAGAAGAAAAGAGGAGCGCGACCCAACAACAAACCUGACAAGAAGCUUCCCCCGCAGGAAGACAGCUCAGACCUCAAGUGCCAGCUCCACUUCGCCAAAGAGGAAUCAGCCUUGAUGUGCAAGAAGCUAACCAAACUGGUGAAGGACAGUGAGUCCAUGAAGGAGGAGCUGGCCAAAUUCAGAUCCCUUUAUGGGGACGUUGACGCCUCCAUCACUGUCGAGGAGGUUGCCGACUCCCCUCACACCCGUGAGGCAGAGGUCAGAGUUCACCUGAAGCUUGUGGAAGAGGAGGCCAACCUGCUGAGUCGGCGAAUUGUGGAGCUGGAGGUGGAGAACAGAGGCCUCCGAGCUGAGAUGGACGAUAUGAAAGUAGCACAAGAUGGCUCUCUAGAACUUGGAGUUGGACCAGGGACAGGGCCAGUCGUUGGAGUAGGCGCUUCAUCUGAAAAUGUCAUGGAGCUUCAGAGACACCUCCAGUUUGUGGAGGAGGAGGCAGAGCUCCUGAGGAGGUCCCUCAUGGAGAUGGAAGAGCAGAACAAGCUCCUGAUGAAUGAAAUCAACCGCUAUAAAUCCGAGCUGCCUCCACCGACGGCGCCCCUCGCUUCGCUGUCAGACAGGCUUCUUCACGACGGGUCGCUCCACUCCGUACAGGAGGGAGCUGUACUCAUCAGCCCGGAUGCGUCCCCUCAAGAGGAAGAACUUCGAGUAGCCCGGCUUCAGAUCGUAGAGCUAGGCGGGAAGGUGAAAAAGCUACAGUACGAGAACCGAGUGCUCCUGUCCAACUUGCAGCGAUGUGACCUGGCGUCCUACCAGCCCCCGUCCUCCUCCUCUUCAUCUUUACGAGUGGCUCUGGAGACUAAUGAAGAGGCUGGAGAUUCAGCCGAGUGUCUCCCUACCAGUUCGCCACACCGCAAAGAACCGUUAGGUGUGGAGAACGUCUCUCUGGAGAGCACUGAGCAAAAUAAGAUGGACAAAACUGCCGGGCCUAAAUCCUCACCGUUCAGCCUCCUUGGAUUCAAGGACCUUGACGCUUUGCUCGCCAUGAGGGAUCAGGCGCGCCUAAUUUCCACAGCGAUUCAGCUCAUCACAUCUCCAGAGUCCAACUGCCUACCGUCCUCGCCGUCCAUCUAUCACAAUGUUUUCAGCAACGAGGCGGCAGAAUCGGGUGACCUGGAGAAAGCGCAGCCUCACUGCCAGAUUUCCGAGCUGUCCGACUUGGCUGACAGGCCUCUAGUUGGCGCUCUGACCAGCAGGCUGCAGGCACUGCACAGCCAGCUCCAGGUCUUUGUGGAGCGUGUCGACAGCCUGGGUAAAUCCUCACAUGGCGAGGGUCAGUCUUCCUUGACCUCAUCAGUCAACGUAUUAGCCUGCGCUGAUGAUGAGCACAAUGCACUCCAGACUGCAGAAGAGAAGCAGCCUGAUUGUAGGGACCAGUUGCAACCAGGGUUCAAAGGCCAAUCAGAGGAGAACGGUCAGGCAGAGAAAAGAAAAAAGCACAUUGAGCGAGCAGAGGAGGAUGAAAAGGAGACACAAGAUACACUAUCCAGUGAUUCCAUUGCCAAGUCGUGCGAGGCAGGCGGUUCCGCUCAAGUGGAGCUGGAGGAGAUGGAGGCUCAAAGGAAAAUGACACUGAAAUUCUCACAGCUCCACGAGGAGCAACAGAAGGCUCUGCUCCGCCGGGACUUUCAGCUGCAGAGUUUAGGCCUCCAGGCUCGGCUCCAGCACAAGAGAUGGGGCCAAGAGAGGACCUUGCUGGUACAGGAGUCACAGCACCUCAAACAAGCGCUAUUGCUGCUCAGCCUCAAGCUACGCUGCUUCCUCAAACACUGGAGGCUGGGCUGCAAGAAGGACACUGAGUGGAAAGACAUUCUGGAGAUGAACAACCUAAAGGACCUCUACCUUUUAUUGGAGGAGGAUAACCUGCACUUAACGGGGAAAAAAAACGAUGGAGACGAACAAGCAGUUGGCCAAGCAAUCAAGUUGAGUGCUGUCAGCAGCACUCUGGCCGACCUAAAGGUAGCGCUGCAGGACCUGAGUGGCGAACUGCGGCAGGAGCGGCAAGGCUCCCAGGAACUCACCCAGCAGUUUGCAAAGGCCAAGGCAUCAUGGGAAGUGGAGAGGACUGAACUUAAAAGCCUCAUCGCUCAGCUUGAGAGCAAAGCACCCAAAGCAGCCUCUUUGUCCUCUGCUGAUGCAAUAGACCCACCUGACCUGAAGGUAGCACUGAAGAGGGAACGUGAGGAGCACCAGCACCUUCUGGCUGAGUCCUAUGCUGCCGUAAUGGACUUGACCAAACAGCUUCAGAUUGGAGAGAGGAACUGGGGCAGGGAGAAGCUGGAGCUCUUAGAGCGGUUCAGCCAGGAGAGAGCUCAGUGGGAGCAGAUUCUGAGAGAGACCAAGUCAAAGUUUUCAGGUGCUGAGUCCCCGGCAGACACACUUGUCACCAGCGGAACAGGAUCGCCAAGGACAAAAUCCACACAUGAGCUCGAUGACCCAGAAUUCCAAACGACAGCUGACCUUAGGGGCUUGAUCCACUUGGCGGCCCCGCCUCCUUUGAUUUGUCCACAGCUGAGUGACUCCAGCAAGAAGAAUUGGACCUGUCUGACUGAUGAGAUUCCAAAUGUUGGGAAAACCUGUAAAACUUGGGAUGGCCCCAGCGCUAGCCUCUCCUGCGGCAACUUAGUAGGGUCAGAACUGGAUCUGGAGUCCGUCCAGAGGAGCCACACUGCUCCAGAAAGCACCGGAAUCCGGAUGUACUACAGCCCCCCUGCUGUCCGACGCACGGAGCACCAACAGAGCAAGCGGGAGAGCGAGAAUACGCACGGGAACUCCAAUGGGAGCUCUGCCCUCAGGCUGAGUGUCUCUGAGGCAGGCCCGGCUGAGAUCCAGCAGCCCUCAUCCUGCUUUUCGUCAUCUUAUGAGCAGUGGCUGAGCUCGCUAUCCAAGCAGCAUCGAGAGCUGCUGGAGAGCAGAAGCGCAUGCACUGCCGCUUCUGUCACCGCUGUGGUCAACAAUGGCUCGGCAAACUGCCUGGCUGAUGGGAUGGCGUCAUCACCAUUCCGCGACUUGGAGAUGGGGGAGAUUUCAGCAAACUUAAGUGAUGACAUGAAAGAGAUGACCAAUUGUGUCCGCCAAGCCAUUCGCUCCUCAUCUCUGGAGAGGAAGCCUGGCAAGGAACCUGCGGUGAGCAUGUCCACCAGAUCCACACAAACAGCUGCACAGUGCGUUAGCAUCGGGCUUCAAACUGACAACCUCACCAGCAGCAGGGGCGCAGGUUUGCACACCAAAGCUUGGUCACCCCGGCCCUCGUCUGCAACCACUUCCCCGCUCGCGUCAACUCGAGUGAGACAGAUAUCAACAUCUCUGGACAAAGUUCACAGCCGAAUCGAGAGGCCCUGUUGCUCACCCAAGUUUGGAUCUCCGAAGCUUCAACGCCGUGUAUCCUCUGGCUCCACCUCCAGACUGGAAGGGACUCCUUCGUCUCGAGAGCGCAGCCUGUGGAGCCUCCAACAAAGAGCCAUUAGUGGGGGUGGGGGUGGGGGCUCAGCCUGGGCCCGCUCAACCACCACUAGGGACAGCCCCGUGCUCAGCGGCCUCACUGAUGGCCUCUCCAGCCUCUUCAGUGUGGUGGAACAUUCAGGAAGCACUGAGAAUCUCUGGAGGGGGGACGGAGGUGCCAGUCCAGCUCGACACGCUCACACAGCAGGGAAACCCCCCUGCGCCUCAGUUUGCCCAUCUGAGCCAAACGCUCAGCGCUUCGGAGGUCUUGUCCAGGAGUUCUUUCAAAAUGUGUGCAGCAACCGUAGCCAGGGAGCGGUCACCCUCUCGGGAGAGAGAAUGCAAAGAGACUCCCUUGUUGGAGGAGGCUUUAACUGCGUCGAUGAGCUCAAGCAAGAAUGUCUGCCGGCUGCUGUGGGAGGUCUCGGCGGCUUGGCCGGACUGUGUGGGGGCAACGACAAUGUGACCAGAAUCGUUAACAAGCGGUUCAUGAGGCAGACGGCCGGCGACGAGAUGGUCAGUAUCAUGGGCGGAGGAGGGAAGGACGGGACGGUCAGCGCUGGCACUGCAGGAUCUGGAACAGAGGAUGGACCCUGUGACUGCAUUGCCCCAUCCAACUGUCCCACCCGACCUUCUCGGGGCCCUCGCACCUCGCCAGGACAGUGCAAACACCGCCCACAAGAGUCUUCAGCCUCUGUCGAGGAGAAACGAGACACUUUGACAGAGUGAAAACCUUACUUCUCCUGCGUGACCCCCCCCCCCACACACACACACACACGCACACACAUACUGGCACGAUUCCAAACACGGCACCCCACUGCCAUAGCAACACAUUCACUCCCUUCACCUAACCUGCCACAUACGUGCACUGCCAAACAUAACACACACCGCUCAGCACACAUUUCUAUUACACACACAAAAUCAGGUCACCAUUUUCAGUGUCAGUAGUUCUUACAUCAGGAGGACGAGCCGUCAUACCCGUUUAACAAUCACAAUACUACCAGCAGGACGUUCUGAUAAGUAUCACUAUGGACCUAAUGAUACCCCUCACCCUCACUAGUUCCACGUGUUACACCACCGAGCUAUUACAGCAGGCUCGGGGGACCGAAACGAAAGAAUGUAGUCACCCCCUCCUGCACGUGCUGCUUUGUCUACAACAAACACAGAGAGGACCUUUUUAUGCCCAUAAGACAUCGCUCUCACCACUGAAGUGAGGCGAUCCAUUUUUAAAAAUUGUACAAAUUGAAGACCUCAACAAUAAGCGGAAGCCUGGAACCUUUUCUCCAAACAUGGGACCAUUAUGUUAUGUAAUGUUUGUCGUUGUAAACUAUAAUGGAAAAAACAACAUCGGCCGUUGAUUGCAAGAGAUGUUUUGUUUAAUGUGGCCACAGGUGAAGUGCCUGUUUCAUUUCUUCACUGAUGUCAAAACCAGAGCCAAGGCGAUGACAGUAAUGCGUAGUUGGGCCCAUUGUUGCUUCGCGCAUCCUCAUGGGACACACAGUGGGAAAUAUCCUCAGUGAUUCGGCGAGAGUUAGACAAAAGUUCAUUGUCAUGGAAACAUUACGCCGUUUUUCACAUGAUGUCAAACAACCUCCGCUGCAUUUAUUUCUGCAGAGAAAAGCUGUUCAAUUGAAUCAAAAGGGACAUACCAUAGAAAAUGGACUUUUAAUUGAUUUUCAACAAAUUUGUGGAGCUGACCUUUUAUUAUAGUCACCUAGGAAAUGCUUUCAAUUAUGGAGAUGAGCAUAAUUUGUCUGCUUUGCUACUAACAAGUGCAUGCCUAGCUUAAGCUGUUUUUCUCCUUGUUUCAAAAAAGUCACAGUGAAACGGAAAAUAACUGAAUUUGCUUAAGAAAAAAUCAAACAUUUAAUCUUUUUUGCAUUAAAAUCAAUCAAAUUUGAAAAAGAAACAUUAGAAGUGUGUGAAAACACUGUAGUCCCAUUUUAAUGAAACGGCCUUACUGUCAAACAAAUUUAGCAAAACGUUUUAUGUUGUGUCAUGCACUCAUUUACUAUGAUUUUAUUUCCCUUCAUAUUCAUUUUUUUCUCAUACUCUAACAGUGUCAUCAAAUUGUCAUUGUCAUCAAAUCAUGAUGAAUAACAAAAUGGACAGAGAAAUGCAGUUGAAAACUUUGCUGUACAUUCCGUUGCGUCAUCUCCAUUAUGAAGAUCAGCUGAUAAUUGAAGUGCCUGUCACAUGGCUGUGGACUCCAUGUUGAAACAAGCCCAGCAGGCCUUUUAUUUAAAUGACAAAGAUUGUUUUUAUGCACAAAAGAAGCUACAAGUACUGUAUGUACCACAGUAGAGGAACAACAAGCAAAAGGUUUACAGGAUUAGGAUAGGCUGAUAUAUCUAGUUCACAUUUUAUACCAAUGUUCUCUCUGGAAAUAAAUUAUUUUUAUUUAGUUUUUUUAAUAUUAUAUAUGUAUACGUGUGUUUUGGGGGGGCUGGUUCUUUAUCUACACUAUCCACUUUUUAUUGGCGGCCAUUUAUCUUAAAUGUAAAGUAACAUCAUAUUCUAACGUACGUAGCAAAUGAUGUUGCUUGGCUCAAGAUCACAUUUAAAAUACAUUUGAAAUACUCUUUUGUGGGAUUGUUGUUAAUAAGAAUACAGUAUGUAAAAAUGCUUUUGUUGUUUGCGUUUCACUGGCAUCGCACAUUUCGUCGUAUUACACACUCUUGCAAUUUUGUUGCUCAAAAUUGCAAAAGAAAUGCAUGUUAGAAAUUUUUUAUUGUUAUUUUUAUUCUUAAAAGUAGAACAGCAUGAACUGCUGGCGUCAAUAUGCACCAUUGUUCCAUCAGAAUGUCAUCAAGCCAUUUUUAGCCAUUCCCAGCGUUUUGGAAGUCAUUGUGGAUAAGUCAAUUGACGCAUUGUAAUCACUUUUUCGCAUUUGCCAGUUGUUGAGAAAACUACCUAAACCUUUUGUUGGCAAUAUGUAAAAUAACUUCUUAGCUGUUCAUAGUAUUAGCUCAUAUUUAGGCUUAUACCUAAAGAGUGACACUCUGUAAAUUAGCGAGAAAUAUUACCUACAAUGUGCUUGACUUUUUUAAGUAAGUAAUGCCUCAUGAAAAACGAGAAUGCAAUGGAAGCUACAUUAAAGUGCAAAAAAAAACAAAUUCCAAUAUGUUGUACAUUCAAUAGAAUAUGUUGUUGUUUUGAGAAAAGCUGAAUGUCAACGGCUGAUCUAAAUGCAGGUCGCUGUGGAAAUAUGUAGCUGUCUCCCUUUACUGACCACACUUGAGCAUUUUCUCUGUACGUAGGGUAUGUGUAAUCUUAAGCGGCUCAAACACACGCACGUGAUAAUAAAAAAUAGACCAGUCAUCCCAAGAGGGCUUUUAAAAAGUUUCUUUCAUUAUUUUUUAGACCAAUGUAGCUUGUCUUUUAACUGCCCACUGUGUUUUGUCAUAGAAUUCACAAAUAAAUGUUUGAAUUUUCA